CCCAUUCGAGCAUGGCCUUGCGCGAUGGUCUCUGAGGUUUUCUCUCUCCCGUCUCGUCUCCUCCGAGCGCCGGCGGCGGCGGCGGAGGCGGCGGCUCCGACACCAUCGCCAUCGCCUUCGCCGGUGCCUGCUCUGCCGCGACAACUCUCCAUUCUUCGUUCUCUGUUCUUCGAAUCCGUUUCAUGUUAUCCCUCUUCGAUUCCUUGGCAUCGGAGGCCUCGUGCUGCCGUCAUAGCUGCGACGGCGUGGAGAAACGUGGAGGAUGACUUCUCGACGGAGAGUGUGGCGGAUGAUGACACUCCUACAUCGAUUGAGUUGGUUCCGGUGUCUGGCGAGCAGGAAUUCGAUCGGAUCAUUGCGGAGGAGAAGCCUGUUGUCUUUCUCUGGAUGGCAAAUUGGUGCAGAAAAUGUAUAUAUUUAAAACCAAAACUGGAAAAGUUGGCUGCUGAUUACCAUCCAAGAAUACACUUUUAUGGUAUUGAUGUGAACACAGUUCCUCAAAGACUUGUCAAUCGUGCAGAAAUUACUAAGAUGCCAACAAUACAGCUAUGGAGAGAUGGUAAAAAACAAGCUGAAGUGAUAGGUGGACAUCAGACUUGGUUGGUGAUCGAUGAUGUUCGAAGAAUGAUUGAGACUGAGAUUGAAUCGAUCCAGCAAUCAAUCUAGCAAUCAAUCUAGCAUUUAUCAGGACUUCUAAAGCAUUUUUCAUGCAGCAAUCAGCUAAUCCUGCAUAUGUACUCGUGGCCAGAAUAAGUGAACCUCUUGUUUUAUGUGAUUAUUUGUAGGCAUUCCAAGUUUUUCUUCCUUUUGUUUUACAUGCUUUGCUAAUUUUUGUGUUUUUUAAUAAGUAUAACUUGGCACUGAUUAAGUUUAUUGUAAAGAUUUUUUCUGGCUAUGUAUAUUUGAUGUUUCAA